CGUAUAUACGCAUUGUUGCGUCACGUAAACGGUUCGGCGCAAAAUUCAAAUACUCGGUCGUGAGAAAGCCCUUGUUGUUUUUCGACUUUUAUAAACCUUCCCUGGAUGUGACACAUUUCAUCAUAUUUUGAGCAAGUAUAAUACAUUUUAUGUCGAGAUGAGUGCAGCCACCACACCUGUCUCCCGGGUACGACAAGGAUGGACAUCGUCUAUGAAAAACAAGGGCCUAUCACCAGCGGCCUGUAGCACACCUUUGCUUGCAGCCUUUCCCGGCAACGAUGAUGAGAAGGAGCGACGUCAGCGCAGACGGUCAAGAGUAAUUGACCUUCAAACUGCUACGGAUUCCUCUUUAAACGACUCCGCACCACACAGUGCCGCAGGGACACCCGCUGCUGUGCCAAAGUUGUCCAAUGCUCAAAUCUCAGAACAUUACUCCACCUGCAUCAAACUCUCCACUGAGAAUAAAAUUACGACGAAAAAUGCCUUUGGUUUACAUCUUAUUGAUUACAUGGCUGAUAUUCUUAAACAGAAAGAUUCGGAGCUUACAAACUUCAAGGUGGCAGCUGGUACACUGGAUGCCAGUACCAAGAUCUAUGCUGUCCGGGUGGAUGCGGUUCAUGCUGAUGCUUACAGAGUACUUGGUGGCCUGGGGGCUGAAACCAAACCCGGAGAAGACAACGGAUUAAAAGAGGAAGAACAAAAUGAAGCUGCUGAGGUCACUACCAAGCAACCAAAGAAGAAGAGACCCCCGAAGAAGACUGUGGAGCAGAACCUGAACAACUUAAAUAGUGCUGAGUCCGAGAGGAAAUGUGAGGUCGACCCCAUGUUUCAUCGCAUGGCAUCAUCCUUUGAUGAGAGUAGCACAGCCGGGGUCUUCCUGUCUGUUCUCUUCAGUGAAAACAGUCGCUGUGAGCUGCUCUUUCCAUCCUACAUGACCCUUCUGCAGUCUACAACCUCCUACUCUCCCCCACCUGCUAUGGCUGUCCCGACAUCCCCAUUCAUGGCUGGGCUGCAGCGGUGUCAGGAGAAAAGUGACAUCUGCCCCUCUCUGCAGGACUUCUCCUUCACAAGGUGGAACCCUGAACAGACAAUGAACCAACUUUUGGAGAAAAUGAAGCAAGGUGAACACGUUUUUGACAUCAAUGCUGAGCCUGAACCCGAAGCUGAUGAAGAGGACUAUCCCGAAUUUGAUGGAGACUACGAGGAGGAUUUGGGUGACUGUGAGGAGGGGCUAAAGGAACAUAAAUACGGUUGUGAGGCCUCGGUUUCUAAAACAGGACGUGAUGUGAUACCAAUUGGAGAGGGAGAUAUCGCCACUAUGUGUCUGCAGCUGUCCACUCAGCCCAGGGAAUAUUCGUAUUUUAGCCCAAGGACAAUGGCCACGUGGGCUGGACCAGGCUACUGGCAGUUCAAGCCAAAACACAAGUUGGACCACUUGCCUGAUAAGGAGACACGGAAAAAGAAGCCCAAAAAGGCCUUUGAAAUAGACUUCAACACCGACGUCAACUUUGAUACCUACUUCCGCACCACAAGAGCUGCCACCACAAUCAGCAAGUCUGCGCUCAGUUCCUGCAACAAGAAAACAACUCUCCCAGCAGACUUCCAGUUUACACCAGAGACUCUCUCCCAACUCACUCUUAAACCCUCCAUAUCGUUAUGUCAAGAAGCGCAGAAGAGAUUGUCUGGAGAGCUUGGAGAAGGCAUUGGCGACUAUGACUACAACAAUCCCAACGAUACAGCCAACUUUUGUCCAGGUCUUCAGGCUGCUGACAGUGACGAUGAAGUGGAAGGGUUUCCCGACUCUGACGAUACACAACCUUCAGGAGAGAGUUUUCCAUUGCCCUCACAAGAAGGGAUCUCGACUUAUGGCGAUGAAGAUCUUGUACCUGAACCACAGAGAGUCAACAAGAUCGAGAUCAACUAUGCUAAGACAGCCAAGAAAAUGGACAUGAAGAGACUCAAGAGCAGCAUGUGGACUCUUCUAAGUGAAAGCCCAGAAAACCCCAGCAAGGACGUGGAGGUUACAGAGAAACCUGAGGUUUGUGAGGAAAAAGUCUUCAGCCAGACCACAAAGACCUUGCUUCAAAGACUACCCACCACAAUGGCUCAGAACCUGUCAAUACCUUUGGCAUUUGUUGCUCUGCUCCAUCUUGCAAAUGAAAAGAAUUUGGAGCUGGUGAAGGUUGAUGACAUGUCAGACAUCAUCAUCAGGCAAGGCCGUUGAGGAGAAAAGUAUUGGCGUAUCAAAUGUUUUAUGUCGAGUUAUGUUUUUCUAUUUUGUACCACACCCCCAUUUAUUGUGUAUAUGUCGUGUCUCUCAGAUGGCUUCCAUAGAUUUCAGAGAAAUGUAAUCAGAUCGGAUGGCAUGUCG